CGUGAAGGACUGUGGAAAAAUAUGUUCGAUUUACGUAAAGUUCAAAGACAAAGAGUCUUGGGGCAUAGUGAUUCUACUACACUUGAGGUGGAAAAUCCUGCCCAAACGAGGUUUGCUUUCAGUAUAAAUACGGAUGGACAUAUGGUUUCCGUGCUUUUCGAAAAAAAAAUCAAAACAGACUGGGUUCCAACGGACAAAGAAAGUGUCAAUUUCCAAAAAAACGAAACAUGA